AUGAAAUUGUCAUUUCUGGUGAUUAUGGUAUGCAGUGGCUGCUGUAUGUCCCUACCAUCAACAAUAAUUCCGACUUCCACCCGGAAUUCCUCAAACUUGAGCAAGAAAACGACCUCUCUUGCGAAUAUCACGGCCUCUCCGUUAGCAACGCGUGCUAAAGUCUCUGAAAAUGCCAUUACCACUGACUCGAUGAGCACCAGCAGCACCAGUAUCUCUGGAAUCACUACCAGUGGUGCUGGUACUGGUACCAGUAAAAGCAAUAGCAAUACUGAUAAUAACAAUAGCUACGGCGGUAACAGCAGCACCAGUGCCAGUAGCAGCAGCAGUUAUAGUGCCGGUGCGAGUACAAUUGCUUAUAAGAAAAUUCAGCUGGAACAAGUUCAAGUUACUUCGCCUAGCCCGUUAUCAUCCAAAGAGACUCGUGAGUCGCCACCCAGCAAAAUUCGACCGCAGAUAAAGCUUCAUAUAAAUUACACCAGUGUCGGCGAGACUGGAGUACGAUUGCCAGAAGGUGCAAGCGCAGCGCUGGCCAAGCCGACAAAAUAUCAUUAUUACCCACAUAAUCAGCAUAUGUAUUUAUUACCAGAAUGCGCUGUUCAACAAGUGUGUAAUGCAGUUUAUGUUAGAUUGAAUUUUACUCAACCAUUAUGUGCUUGUCCAGGCAGAUAUCGGGAUCCUUGUAGUGCAUCGCUUGAUGCCGAUGAUCAGCAUACUACGGAACUGGUUACUGAUCCACAUACCAGGGCAUUGACAUUAGUUAAGACAUGUGAACCAGUUGCUGAAAUGCGAGAAUGUAGAAUGCCGAGAGACUGGUCGUUACUUGCGUUACAAAAUGUAAGAACUGGAAAAUCGCAUUACCUAGUUAUCUGCAAAUGCCCAGAAACAAAUAUCCUAGAGGGUCCUAUGAGUCACGAUCAACCUACAUACGCUAGUGUUCCGGGUAUCAGCGUCUUCGGAAUGAUGUGCGUUCAAGGAGCCAGAAAAGGACGCCCGUUACGACAGACACAUAGAGAGACGGUAACGAUUAUCUUACGUUCUACAACGCUCAACAGAGAACGUAUCGACACAAUUGAAGACGAUUUUGAAAAUUAUAAAUCGACAUUCCCAUGGCACAGAGUACCAGAAUUACUAAAAUCAGCAAAUUGGAAUUGA